GGCGAGCACAAUCUGGAAUCGGAGAGAUCUGGUAAGCAUUGCACUUGCAAGCCACCAAUCCCUGGCCCAGACUGUCCCUACCAGCAACCACAUCUAUUAGACCCACAGCUCACAGAACUGGGCAGGGAGCAGGCGAUAGCGAACCAGCCGACGACAAAGGUAUCAAUAGCAGACUAUUUGACGGGUUAGAGUGUGGGUUGAUGCGCCCUGCAUCAUUGUUCAGUUGUAGAACGUACACGAAACAGUGAUGCAGGACGUAGGCUGAUGUCCUAUAUAUCACUGUUUAGUUUCAAUCCGUGAGAAGAAUAAGCUCUUCCUUUGUAUACGUUGCGGCUUAGGGAGUGCCAGAUACUAAAUGCUGAUUGAACCUGCAAUUGAUGUGUGUAUUGUGAAAGCACAACACGCUAGCCCUACAGCUACCAUGAAUGAAGUCAAUGAUGAUAUCCUAAAGUGCAUGCACCCCAUACUGUGUAGCUGACCAGUAUAUUGGACGAGAUGUGAAGGCACGGCCAGCCUGCUAAUCCAAAGCCUAGAAUAGAUCUUAUAAUAUUAAAGUCGUCGCAG